AGAAUGAUGUAAAGAGGAGGCUGGGAGAUUACUCUGCUAAAACAAUCUGAACAGCUGCCAGGACAUGACUUUAUAGACAAACUAGCAGUCUUACAGUAAAGAGAAGGGUGGAAGGAGCUGGCCUUAGUGCUGGAUUUUUGUUUUAACACUUAACCCUCUCAACAGACCAGGAUUUGUGAGUUGCAUAGCCUUUCAUCAUUGCUGUAACAUGAUUUUGCAGUAAAAUACAGAAGAUUGGGACACAAGUACUGAAGAUCCUUUUCUAGGAUCAUCUGAAAUUUAAAUGGAGAACUUCCCAGAUGAUGUUCUGAUUCGUAUACUGUCUGAAGUAUCUGCUGAAGAGUUGGUCCUGGUGUGCCGUCUGGUCUGCAGCCAAUGGAAAAACAUAAUUGAUGGAUUUGAUCUUUGGCAAACAAAAUGUAUGCAAGAUGGUUUUAUGGAAACAGAGGGAGAGACAGAACCCACUAACUGGAGGACUGUAUACUUUCUCAAUAAAAGAAAGAGAAAUUUGCUCAAAAAUAACAGCGGAGAAGAGGAAUUCGAUUAUUGGGAAGACUUGAAUUACGGAGGAGAUGGCUGGAAAAUAGAGGAGCUUCCAGGAGAUAAUGGAAAUGACUUCCCACUUGAAGGAAUCGAGAAAUACUUUGCAACAUCAUUUGAGUGGUGCAGUAAGUCACAGCUUAUAGACCUUCUUAGUGAAGGAUACUGGGAGGAUCUGCUUGACACAGAUCAACCGAAUAUACUUGUUGAAGACUGGUAUGCAGCUAGGUCAGAUGCAGGAUGUUUGUAUGAACUCUGCGUGCAGCUUCUAUCUGACAAUAAGGAUAUAAUCACGGAAUAUAAAAGUGAGAUGAUAACAAUUCCACAGUUUAGUGAUGCCAGUUGGAACCAGAUAAACCACACGUUUUCAGGAUAUGGACCUGGUGUAAGAUUUAUACGAUUCCAGCAUGGUGGUCAGGACUCUGUUUUCUGGAAAGGAUGGUAUGGUGUACGUGUAACCAACAGCAGUGUUACAAUACAACCUUAAAACAGCAGGGAUGAAGACACUCUAUCUACUUAGCAUGCUGAUU